AUUCAGUCGACCAGUGCCGCAGAGCAAUGAACAUGGAGUGACAUGGUUCAUCCAGAUCUGCUUCAGCAAGCUUCGCUGCUUGUUCAGCAAAUCGGCCCCGACCUUGACGUGGAAUCAUUUUCUCAGCAUGUCGUACGCGAGAUCGCAGACCCAUCUCGGGGUGCAUCACGCAAGGAGUGGAGUGAUAUCGAGGGUCCAUUGAGAGGGAUCAUCAACACGCUGCGAAUCAAGGUCCAGGACGAUGUCGCCGAUGCGCUAGAGAAGGCAUUAAGUACGCUACAGAGCCGGAGAUUGACAGAUUCUUCGGCAUGGGAGGGAGAAAUGGCGAUCAAGAUGGGCAACUUACCGGAUCAUAUACACUUCCUGCUGAGCCUCGCUCAACCCCCGACGUCCAAAACCACUAGGAUAGCUCGGUCAUAUCUGGACAAAGCGUCGCCGUCAGGCCCGACAGCGGAUGAAGUCCUUUACCAAGUGAUCAUGUCGGGUCCUUUUACCGGUGCCCAUUGGGGCCGAGGUUAUGAACAAGAAGCCACGCAUGGUUGGACAGACAGCGAAUCCUCCUCCUCAGAAUCUGAUGCAGAUCUCGUGACGCCAUCCACCGAUCGCAUAAGUCGGACGGCGGACCUAGAGACCUUGCUGAGGGGUCGCCUAAUCCAGGAUCAAGAGGAUCGCCUGCGAGAAGCCCAGCGGAGUCUAGCCAGUUUCAAGGAGAAAUACUACUGGAUCAACAUGGGCCAGUCGUUUGAACCCUUAUCUGCUCAUACCCACGGCUGGAGGUCAUUGGCCACGCGCUCGACGACUGCUCAGCUUGAAGCAGCGAUUUCCAAAUCCAGCAGGAUCCCCAGGAAGGUUAUCUCCAGUCUGGCUCUACAACGAGAGCUCCUCUUCGCCCUCGACGGACGACCCGGCAUACUGUUCUUCUUUGACGAGGACGGCGCCUGUCAGAUUCUUUCUGGUCAUCCAUUGGUGGCGCACAUGUCAAGCGCAGCGCUGUCAAGCAUUGUGGAUCACUUCGCGAACCAAGCAACCAUUGGAUCGAGGAUACGACGUUUCGUAGCUGGUACUGCUAGCUCUUCAGCCUUUUCAUCGCGGAAAGCUUCGCAGACGUCGAAGACGCACCAAGCAUUCGCAGAUGCGCUUCAGGAGAUCCUGACUUCGUACGCUGAAUGGAUAGGCGGAAACGAGAUCGGGCUACUACGAGGCGUCAAAGUGGAUGAGGAUAGGUCAACUCCCGCAGCAUCACCCAUGUCGCUCAAAUUAGAUCUCGAUCGACACUUCGGAACCCUUCUCUCCCGACUCGACUCUCUGUUGCCGAAACCUGGAGACCCACCUACUGAUCUUCUGAAUGACAUCUAUACUACCAUCCUAUCGCUGCCUGCCAGUGCUGCGGAGCUAUCAGAGGCGCUCACGAGAGUCUUCAUCAUGUCCGCUGAGCCUAUGUGGAGCAUGCUGUGCAGUUGGCUAAGCGAAGGCAUGCCGAUACCAUCGGGUCUCCGUUACCAUGACGACACCCGAGUCUCUUUGACCGACGAGAAGCCCUUGGACAAAGAAUUCUGUAUCGAGAGAGAUCGCGACAUCUCAUGGACCGACGAGGACUUUUGGGCGAAUGGAUAUGUCACUGGCAGUGGCGGCUGGCCCUUGUUUCUCGGUGAAAGGACAGAGGAGAUGAUACUCGAGGCUGGCAAAGCGAGAGGCCUGCUGCAAUCUUUCGAUAAUGCCCCGCUAAAGGAGGACUGGCAAACAUUGUUCCAAGUCUUGAACACCUCAGGAGAUCGACUUUUGGCUUCGACAGUUCCCGAUCUCAUCUUUGAUCAUUUGUCGCCAACUUGCCGUCUCACAAUGUUUCAACUCCGCCGAGCCUUGGAGGAGGAUUGCGGGCUGGACGCACAUCUGGAUGCAAUCGAGUCACUGUGCUUCAUGCAGAAUCACCAAGUCAUGAGCGAGUGGAUGUCGGAACUUUUCCAAAGGAUUGGGUCCAAAAGACAGUGGACAGACUUUCAGACUCUUUCAAGCUCCAUAAGGGAGAUCAUCGAUCAGCAUGGAGGCACAUUGAUGAAUCCCUCGGCUCUUCGCAUCCAGGCUAAGAAGGCCCGGAACACAACGGAGAAAGUGUUUGAUACCAUGCGCCAUGUCCGGGCCAUUUACGACGUGCCAUUCCCCCUGUCACAAGUGUUAACGCCAACGUCCAUGGAGCUGAGAUCCGAAACAUUUUCCGUGCUCCUUCAACUACAUUAUGCAUCACAUGUUCUGGCCGAAUCGCGAAAACAGGACGCCGUCUUUAUCUCCCACGCUCGUACCACAAUUGACAUCAGGUCUAUCUGGCAACUUCGCCAACAACUAAAUUGGGUGAUCGGGAUCUUCUUGUCAUGGUUAUCUCGAGAUGUCAUUGAGUCUCGGACUGAGCAGUAUCGGCGAGAAAUAACGGCGAUCACAUCAAUCAAAGGAAUGAUCGAUCUGGAACUCAGAUUUGCGAGACUCGUACAUCGUUUGAGCCUCUUGCACCCUGAUGUGGAGGCUCUCCGCGCUCAGCUUUCGUCCAUCUUAGAGCUCACAACGACAUUGGGCAAGGUCUACUCCCAGUACAUGAACGACACCUCAGUCGCCUCUACAUUCCAGCCUGAGCGGCAGCCAUUCGCACCUUCCAAGAAAGCCUCGAACACGAGACGGGAACGACACUUUGAAGGAGAUCCGUUGAGCGAUGACGAAGAAAGUGAUCAAGAGGCGGAGCUCAUCGAAGGCGAUUCGUCCUUUCUGCUAGCUGAAGAUUUUGGGGCGAGAUUGAAAUUCAUGAAAAACCAACUGGGCACGACCAUUGCCGGCAUGAUUGACACCGUGAGAUCUCUCGCAGAGGGCCCAGACAGGGCGCCGCAGUCCGCCGAGGACGAUGCGAGGGAGCAGUGGGCCAUGUUAUCGAUGUAUUUAGACGAAUGGCACAGGUUCCAGUCAGAGCCCACACCACGGGUACAGGCAUUGUAAUAGCAAUUUAGGUAGUAUCGCACCAUGUUGUAUCCCUGGCAUCAUAGCA